AAGGGCAGAUUAAUACUUCCUCUUUGGCACAUCGCCAAGUUCUCUCCCCUCCAUCAUUUUGCCAAAGCCCACAAGAGCAAGUGAGGGGGCAGUGGAAGCCCACAUCAAUGGCCAUCAAGAUCGCUUUUUGCUGAUGCUUUCUGCGCCGUCGCCUCGUUUCCUCCGCUCGACCGAUCGAAAUUUGUCUCCUUUGAUCGGUUGUUGAGUUGUCGUUGUGUUUUCUCGGUGUUCUUUUUUGUUUCUUUGAGCGAAAUCGAAUGGCUGCCGUGGCCGAGAAGGCGAUCGGGUCCGAUGAACAGUUGCUCCAUCGCAAAUCGCCGCCAUCGGCAGCGAAGGCAGCGGAGGAAUCGGAUAGGGAUUACAAGAGGAACGUGAAGAGGCUGGUCGAUUUGCUCUCCAAAUUAAACCCCUUCGCCAAGGAGUUCGUCCCUUCCUCUCACGCUGAUGUCGCUGGCGAAGGCCGCCACUGCAAAUCUAACAGCCAGCUCUCUGCGGAUGCCCCCGUUUUCGUGGCGUCGAGUGAUUACUAUUAUAAUUAUGGACUGAUUAGUAAUACUGGUAGUAGAAAGGAUUCUAGCAGCGACGGAUCAUCGAAUAAUCAGCCUAAUCGUAGAAGAAGAAAUGGUUUUAGCCAGGGAAAGAAGAGGCCGAACUAUAGGCAUCGAGGAGCUAAAAGGGACGAUAGCAUUAAGCGAACAGUAUAUGUAUCUGAUAUUGAUCAUCUUGUAACUGAACAGAAGCUUGCUGGUAUAUUUUCUACUUUUGGACCAGUGGUUGAUUGUAGAAUUUGUGGCGAUCCUAAUUCAACUCUUCGAUUUGCAUUUAUAGAGUUCACUUAUGAGGAUGGUGCAAGAGCAGCAUUGAAUCUUGGUGGGGCCAUGCUAGGUUAUUUUGUUAGAGUCUUACCUUCAAAGACUGCAAUUCUGCCAGUGAAUCCAAAAUUUCUUCCUAUUUCAGAUGUUGAAAAGGAAAUGGUCGUGAGGACAGUCUAUUGUACAAACAUUGAUAAGAAGGUUGCUGAAGCAGAUGUCAAAAGUUUCUUUGAACGACUCUGUGGUGAGGUUUCUCGAUUGAGACUUCUUGGUGAUAGUGUACACUCAACAUGCAUUGCAUUUGUAGAGUUUGUUCAGGCAGAAAGUGCCAUUGUUGCUCUGAACUGCAGCGGCAUGCUUUUAGGAGCUCUUCCUGUCAGGGUGAGUCCUUCGAAGACACCAGUAAGGCCGCAUGCAAUGCAAGCCACUUCAAAUUGAUUCAUCAUCCGCGACAGCUGAGAAACACUUUACUGGUCCUUCACUUAUUUAUUUGUUUCUUCUUUCAUGAGUAAACUUUGUGAAGCUCAAAUGGUUGGAUUAGAACUUAUAGCUGUUGCUCUGCAACUGCUACACUUCGAUUUUUUUGUUUGUUUUCGUUUUUGUUUUUGGAUCUAGGGGAGGGUCAGUGAACCUCUUUGUAGCUGAUCUUAUUUCUUUGAUAGAUUGCUGAAUUUUUGGUUGAAUGAAUUUAGUGAGAUACUUAUGCUUCUAAUAUUA